UUGAAGAAGCACAUACAUCUUAGCCCGGAUGGAGAACACAUUAUAUAUACCCAUACCGCAUUAUCCGCCGUUCAAGCUUAGAUCUUCUCUCAUAGAUAAAGAUCCUGUUAUCUGGGCACAUCUCUUGGAAGGCUAUAUAAAACUUUGCAGUAUCUUGCUCACAGGAGAUGUUCGGCUCGAUGUGAAAAGCCAACAGCAAUUCCACUUGUUCCUCAAAGUAUGGUUGGCUGAAACUUCAGAGGAAGCAAAUAAGAUACUUUCUCUCGGUGCGAUAAAUCCGGAUAUCAAAAACAACACUGCAUCACUCCGAGCAUACGUGUUUCAAAUAAUCUGUGAUUAUGGGGUGGUGAAGUUAGGACUUAGUGGUGAGUCUUUAUGGAACUUCGUCAUGAUUUACGUGGAAAAAAACGCCUCUUUAGUGCGGGCAGUAUUGGCAGGCUCCCAUAAAUCGAAAUUUAACGACAACAAAAAGUCGGGUAAGAUUUCUCUGAUACCUGUCUUACGGAAGCACUUGUUGUCCAUGGUCACUCUGGGAAAAAUGCAGAAAAUGCACCUAGAAAUUCUCACCUUGCUUCUAGGACAGCACAUUUCAGCCCCUACAUCCAAAACUUUGCAUGUUACCGGGGCAGGGAAAUCACAAAAUACCGGAAAAACACUCGCAAGAGAUAAAUACAAACAGUCAUCAACAGGUGCUCUUCAAUUUGCUGAAAAUUUUGUUACUGAGGAUUGGAUUGAAGAGCUUGAGCUGAUGUAUGUGGACGGAAAAUCUGUUCAUGCCGAAAUAAUAAAAAGUCUGAUGGUCAUUAGUAUUCUCUCUUUAUCGGUCUCAAAGUUGGCGAAAGUGAUUUCCACAAUUGGCAUACACGGUGGAGAGACAUUAAUUUUGGCGCCUCUUUUAAGCACAGUUAUAUUAUCGGAACCUUACAGAAAACUCAAUCCCGGACUUGAAGAAAGGCUUCCAUUCUUGCGGAAUAUCUCCUACGUAACGGACUGCUCGAUUGCCAACCCAGAUAUUGAGUUCCUUUUGGAAAUGUUUCCAAAUCUCACCCAAAGAAAGGCAAUGAAAUUGCUUUCACGAUAUGAGAAUAAUAUUGACCAAACUACCAAUGCAUUAUUAGAAAAUGUGGCUCUUAUAGAGGAGAUUUCGGAUGACGACACUGAGCAGAACUCAAAAUCACCAGUUAUUUCGAAAACUGAGCUUGAAAAGGGUCUCAAUAGAUUUAAACUUUCCUCACAUGAGACAACAGAGCGUUUUAAGAAAAAAACAGGAAAAUCAUCGCUGGAAAUAAAAAAGAAUACGUUGACAGCGGCCUUACGCCUUCUUUACGACAGUGAUGAGGAUGAACGUGACGACACUUACGAUGAUCAGGAGCAUACCACAGGAUCGGCUUUCACAGAAACAGACAAUAGGUCAAGGGUCAGAGAUAAAAUAAGUGUAGUGGAUGAUGAAGGCGAUGAUGGUAUGCUUCGACCCUCAUCCAAGCUGGCUCGAACAUCAGUUUCCUCAGAGUUUGACCCGAAUGAGGUGUUACUUUUUGGAUUUUUGAAGACGGGCGGAGACAGUUUGUUCGACAAAGGUAACAGAAAAUCUGGUCAAAGGAAGGAUAUGAAAGCAAAGACGGGAUGGACAGAUGAACAAAUCGAAGGCUGGUCUAGAAUGCUACAGAGAUCAUCCAAAAGAUUUAGACUUCUAGAAGAGUAUUAUGUUUUUCACAACUCUAACAGACGGGUUCAGAAGGAUCAGAGGGCCCAAAAGGAUGAGUCAGAUUCUACGAGAUCUUCGUCCAUUAAGACGACUCCGAACAUCAAUUCGGAAAAGAAAUCCAGCGACAAAAACACGCAAAAGCGAAAUGAGGCCAACAAAGCCAAAAAAGCAAAUCAUAGCCGAAAGUCCGGGCAUAGCAAGAAAACCAGAUCAGAGCUCGCGGGAAUGCAGUAGAAAAUUUACCAGAUAUGAAGGUUUCAUUUAUAUGCAUACUAAUUUCAAAUUUCGAUUACCAUCCGUGGUCAAACAACAUAGAAACUGACUCACCAUUAUGAAUUCUUCUGAUAGCCUCAGCAAAUAUUCUUGACACAUCGAUGACCUUCAUCCGGCUUUCUCCAAGAAGGCGGACAUUUUCUAUCUGUGGAAUACUGUUUGUAGUAAUAAAUUUGUCGAUUUCGGAAACUCGAAGCUUGUCGAUAGCGUCACCGCUAAGGAUAGCAUGUGUUACCAAACAGUACACGUAAGAAGCGCCCGUAUCUUUCAAAAGCUGCGCCGCACGCGUUGCAGUAGUACAAGUAUCAGCAAGAUCGUCAAUCAACACACACACACGACCCUUGACAUCUCCUACGAGCAUGGAAGAGUUGA